AUGUUACAAUUCAAAUUAGUCCUAUUAGGUGAUUCAUCUGUUGGUAAAUCCUCCAUAGUUCACAGAUUCGUCAAAGAUUCAUUUGAUGAAUUGAGAGAAUCUACCAUCGGUGCAGCAUUCUUGGCACAAACUAUAAAGAUUAAAGAUACUGAAACUCAAGAGGAUAUUGAUAUCAAGUUUGAAAUUUGGGAUACUGCAGGGCAAGAACGUUAUAAAUCUUUGGCUCCUAUGUAUUAUAGGAAUGCUAAUGCUGCUCUGGUUGUUUAUGAUUUGACCCAAAAGAACUCGUUGAGUAAGGCAAUGAGUUGGGUCGAUGAAUUGAAAAGUAAAGUUGGGGAUGAAGAUUUGGUCAUUUACUUAGUAGGGAAUAAAUUGGAUUUAUGCGAUAAUGUUGAAAAUCGAGGAGGAAAAGAACAAGAGGAAGAAGAAAAUAAGAGGGUAGUGACUACACAGGAAGCUGACUCUUACGCGAAGGAUCAAGGUUUGUUAUUUGCUGAAAUUAGUGCCAAGACCGGUCAAGGUGUUAAAGAAGUGUUCCAAACAAUUGGUGAAAAGUUGUACGAAAUUAAAAAACCUGAAUUACUGGCAAAGAAAAACAGAGAAUAUGGGAGAAAUAGUUCGGAAGCUGUAGAUAUUAAUAUUCAAAGACCAAAUACAAAUGAUCCAACUUCAUGUUGUAGUUAG